AUUUUUAAGAAGACCACACACAGUCACAUACGCCGUCUCCCCAAAGCUCCCGAAGAAAAAUGAAUUCCCCACUGCUGCUCUUGCUUUUCGUCUUCUUCACCCUGUCCCAUGCUAAUUCCAUCACUAACCUCCAAAUUGAAUUCCCUCAACCUCUCAAAUCCUUCAGCAUCAACGAAACCCAGAAUGGAGUCCGGAGCUGUUCAUACACUGUGAAAUUCAUAACAAGUUGUUCUUCAACAGUCUACACUCGAGAUCAGAUCAGUCUCUCUUUCGGCGAUGCUUACGGUAAUCAGGUAUACGCACCGAGAUUGGACGAUCCGGCGUCUAGAACAUUCGAGAGGUGCUCCACGGAUACGUUUGAAAUAGCUGGGCCGUGUACGUAUCAGGUCUGCUAUCUGUACCUCUACAGAAGCGGAUACGACGGGUGGAAGCCGGAGAGCGUGACGGUGUACGGGUAUUACACCAGCUCUGUUACCUUCUACUACAAUACUUUCAUUCCUAACGGGAUUUGGUAUGGAUUCAAUCGUUGUAAUGGCGCCUCUGCAUCUGCGAUGUAAGUAGCCAAUCAGGAGACAUUUUGCUUGUUCUUUGUGGCCAGAUCUUGGACUUUUUGUAUUUCGUUAUUCAGGAUUCUCUCGAGAUCGGAACUCGAAUCUGGGUUAAUAAAAAUUUGUUGUCCUUUUGAUUAGUAAUUACUGGCAUUAAUGAAGGAGAUGUUAAAUU